AUGGCUGAGUCGAACGAUUCCUUCUCCGUCGACAUGGAAAAGAUCUAUCUCGGUGGAAAGGAACAUCAUGUAAGAACUGGCUGUGGUUCUGUGUCUGUCAUAGUCUAUGGAGACCAAGACAAGCCAGCAUUAAUUACUUAUCCUGAUUUAGCUCUAAAUUAUAUGUCUUGUUUCCAAGGACUAUUCUUUUGUCCUGAAGUUGCGUCUUUACUCGUACACAACUUCUGCAUUUACCACAUUUGUCCUCCAGGUCAUGAGUUGGGAGCUGCUCCGAUUAGUCCUGAUGAUCCUUUGCCUUCUGUUGAUGACCUUGCUGAUCAGAUUAUUGAGGUUCUCAACUAUUUCAGGCUUGAUGCAGUGAUGUGCAUGGGGGUGACAGCUGGUGCCUACAUCCUAACCCUGUUUGCUAUGAAAUAUAGAGAGCGUGUUCUUGGUUUGAUACUUGUGUCCCCCUUAUGCAAAGCACCCUCUUGGACUGAAUGGUUAUAUAACAAGGUAAUGUCAAAUUUGUUAUAUUUCUAUGGUAUGUGUGGUUUGCUUAAGGAGUUUUUGCUUCAGCGAUACUUCAGCAAGGAAGUUUGUGGUAAUGCUGAAGUUCCAGAGUCGGACAUAGCUCAAGCAUGCAGAGGAUUGCUUGAUGAGAGGCAGGGCACAAAUGUUUUGCGGUUUCUUCAAGCAAUUAAUCGGAGACCUGACAUUACUAGUGGGUUGAAGAAACUAAGAUGCCGCACUCUUGUAUUCGUAGGAGAUAACUCUCCUUUCCAUUUUGAGGCACUUCACAUGAUCUCAAAGUUGGAUCGAAGAUAUAGUGCCUUGGUCGAGGUCCAGGCUUGUGGAUCUAUGGUAACUGAAGAACAGCCACAUGCAAUGUUGAUACCCAUGGAGUACUUCUUCAUGGGAUAUGGGUUGUACAGGCCAUGCCAACUCAGCGACAGUCCCAGGAGUCCCCUCAGCCCCUCUUGCAUCUCACCAGAGCUUCUCUCGCCUGAAAGCAUGGGUUUGAAGCUUAAACCAAUAAAAACCCGUGUUUUGCUUGAAGUUUGA